AUGCUGCAUUACACGGUGCCAGCCAAUCAGAGCCUCUGGGCCUUAGCGUUUGGUGGCACUCCCCUCUUUUGUCGAGGAGAAGAUGAGAUACAAGACCUGAAGUAUCUGUACAGUUUAAACUCCAUGGAGUGGUCCCUCCUGCCUCCAGCCACAGAGUCUGUGAUCCAGGAGGUGUCCAAAGCUGCCAAAGGUCGCUUUGUUGGUGAACCUUCAUAUGUUUAUGAGCAUGUUGAAGUUCUCAGAAAAGGGGAAGGUGAAGAGGCCGAAUCAGAAGAAUUAGUCAUUAAAGUCACAGAAGAAAAGAGAUUGGCAGUGACAGUGUAUCAGAUUAAUCAGGAGGUGUCUGUGGUUCCAAGAGGUGCCUUUAUCAGAAGCCCACAUGGUUUGGUGCAAGCAAACCGCAGCUUUGGGGGCCUUACUUAUUCAGAAGCUGGAAAACUGGAACAUUUCAUGCAUUUCGUCAAACAAAGGAAUAUGAAGAAAAGAUCAAUCUUGGAAAUGGGAGAACUAAACCCUGUAAUGGACUUUAUGGACACGCUCAGUGAUGAUAUUCCCAAUGGUUCGUGGCAUUUGCGUUUUGAAUAUGCCAACCACGCCUGUGUGAUCCGGAGUCACCUGUGGCUGGGUCUGACUUUCUACCAAAUCCCAAUGACACCACAACACGGAUACGUUUACAUCGGGGACGGGAUAAGGAACCUGUCUCUGCCGUUUAUGCUCUGA